AUGUCUGAAUCAGAAGACAGGAAACGCGAAAGAGACCUUUCGGGUGAAAAAAGCUCAGAAAUUGAGCAAGUUGAGCCCUCGAGAGAUGAGCAUCAGAAUAAAAAGUCGAAACUAGAGACGGUAGCCCAAAACACCAAUGGAAUCUCUGAUGGAAUAAGCGAGAGUGACGUGGGUAUUACUUGGUUUCUAACACCGCAACUUCCAGGCUUUUCGGGCCAGAUUAAGCAAAGAUACACCGAUUUCUUGGUCAAUGAGAUCGACAAGCAAGGCUCGGUUGUACAUUUGACUGACAAAGGCUUUAAGAUGCCAAAGGCACCCAAGAAAUCCAAAUCUGAAGAAGCUGAGGAGGAGAAAGCUGAGUUGGAGAAGCGGAAAGCCUUCACCGUUGACCCCGAACUUAGAGCCAAGCUCGUAGAAGUGCUGGGAGAAAGCGACGUGGCUAAGAUCGAAGACGUUUACAAGAAUGUUACCAAAAUGGAGACUUCAAAGAAGUUCGAAGACAAAGGAGAGCGUACUCAGCUUCACCAGCUUCUUCGUGCUGCUUUCAACAACCAGCUGGAAUCAGUGACUUCUCCUGAAAAUACCUUCCACAUCGCCUUGGCUACUCGUAAGUCGCGUGUCAGCCGUAAGGAUCUUAUCGACCGCACCAAGGAUGCCAAUGGAGUCGAAAACUGGGGAUAUGGCCCAUCCAAGGAGUUUGUUCACUUCACUGCUUACAAGGAAAACAAAGACACCAUGGAUGUGGCUAAUAUUCUCGCUAGAUACCUGAGAGUUCCUACUAGGGUCAUAAGAUACGCUGGAACAAAGGAUCGCAGAGCUAUAACGUGUCAGCGCAUGUCGGUUUCGAAAAUUGGUGUCGAGAGACUGAACGCUCUCAACAGGGUCUUGAAAGGUGUGGUGCUGGGCGGUUUCAAGUUCGAAAAUGAGUCGCUAAGCUUAGGAGAUUUACAAGGAAACGAAUUUACUAUUGCCAUCCGAGAUGUAAAAGUAGCGGAAAAUUCCACUUUGACUUUCGAGAAGAUUUUAGAGGAGGGUUGUUCGUCUAUUCAAAAGAAUGGUUUCAUCAACUACUUUGGAAUGCAGCGAUUCGGCACAUUCAGUGUUUCCACUCAUGAGAUCGGUAAGUGGAUCUUGCUUGGUGACUGGAAAAAGGUCUCAGACUUGAUUCUUGCGGAGCAAGAGAAUGUUCUACCCAUUUCAAAGGAGGCGAGAAAAGUCUGGUCUGAGACCCAGGACGCAGAGGCCGCUCUUAACAAGAUGCCACGCCAAUGUGUUGCAGAAAGCGCUCUUUUGAACUGUUUUGUUGAACAACAGACAUCUGGCUCUUCCACCCUCGAUUACUUCCAGGCUAUCAACAAGAUUCCCAGAAAUUUGAGAACCAUGUACGGGCACGCUUACCAAAGUUACGUCUGGAAUGCUGUCGCUAGUAAGCGUAUCGAGCUUUUUGGCUUGGAAAUUGUAGCCGGUGACUUGAUUUUGGACGACGGCCUCAAUCAAGCGUCUGAGCCCUGCAAUGGAGGCGAAGAUGCUGCGACUGUAAAAGAAGACGACGAAGACUUUGCAGAAGAUUUGCGUGAGGCUCACUUUGAGAGGGCUAGACCAGUGACACAGGAAGAAGUGGACUCAGGCAAAUACAGUAUCAACGAUGUUGUACUUCCCUCGCCGGGCUUUGAUGUUGUCUACCCUGGUAAUGAGACAUUGCGUCAGCUAUACGUGGAAGUGAUGUCGAAGGAUGGUCUAGAUCCUUUCGAUAUGAGACGGAAAGCCCGUGAUUUUUCUCUGGCUGGUUCUUACAGAAACGUCAUUCACAAGCCUGCUAACAUAGAAUACAAAAUAUUGCAUUACUCGUCGCCAACCCAACAACUUGUGAACACUGACCUGGAGAUCCUAAACAAUCGAAAGGGCAAAGAAAACGGCCAAAGAUUUAUGAAAGAUAAACUAAACCGCUUCCCUGACGACAAAGGUGGUGAAUCCACAGCCGUUAUACUUACUUUUAAACUUGGUGUCUCUGCAUAUGCGACAAUGCUUUUGCGUGAAUUGAUGAAAGUCGAAUCCUCUCGUCGAGGUGAUAUGUGUGGCGUGAGAUCAUGA